AUGCUUCUGGGUACAGCAACAUUGGUGUGCCUGGCUGUGGCGAUUGCGUUUUAUGUGUAUCGAAAAAAGUUUGCCGAAAUUCUGAAGCACACUGGAAAGCUUGGCGGACCGGUCGCAUAUCCGCUGAUUGGAAAUGGGCUCCUUUUUGCUGGCAAAACUCCCGGUGAAUUUUUGAAGACAAUAGGUCAUCUUACUCGUCGCUAUGGAAAGUGCUUCCGACUAUGGCUAGGGACGCAGUUGCUGAUCAUCAUGACGGACCCGAAAGACAUAGAGGUGCUGCUUAGUAGCAACAAGUUUAUCGAGAAAUCCGACGAGUACAACUUCGUGAGACCUUGGCUUGGGGAAGGUCUGUUGACCAGCACCGGGCGAAAAUGGCACACACAUCGAAAGGUGAUCACUCCGACGUUUCAUUUCAAGAUCCUAGAACAGUUUGUCGAGAUUUUCGAUCAGCAAAGUAACAUUUUCGUUGAGGUGCUGAAACCGCAUGCCGAAUCGGGCAAAUCGUUUGACAUGUUCCGACCAGUAACGCUGUGUGCGCUGGAUGUUAUCUGUGAAACUGCGAUGGGUACGAAGGUCAACGCUCAGCUGAACGCUGAAUCGAAGUACGUUCAAGCCGUUAAAGAGAUCACGCUUCUCGUCCAAUAUCGACUGUUCAAUUUCCUUAUUCGAUAUGAUUUUUUUUAUCGAUUCUCAUCGAAUCGACGCAAGCAGGAAGCGGCACUGAAAGUGCUGCACGGUUACACGAACAGUGUUAUUAAAGGCCGCCGUGAGGAGCUUCAUCGGUCGAGUAACGAUACUGGGGCUGCCGUUGACGCAAAUGAGAAUGAUCUUGGCAUCAAGAAGAAAAUGGCAUUUCUGGACAUGCUCCUGCAGUCGACGAUUGACGGGCAACCUCUGACAGAUCUGGAAAUCCGCGAAGAAGUGGACACGUUCAUGUUUGAGGGGCACGACACAACGACGUCCGCCAUUAGCUUUCUACUUCAGAGUUUGGCAAAAAAUCCCGAUGUUCAGCAGAAGGUAUAUGAUGAGGUACGCCAUGUUGUGGGUGAAGAUCGAACCGUUCCUGUUACGAUGGCGAUGCUGAACGAUAUGAACUACUUGGAUCUGGUAAUUAAGGAGACCCUUCGGUUGUUUCCCUCGGUGCCGAUGAUUGGACGAAAAAUUGGACAGACAACUGAAAUCAAUGGCAAAACGUUUCCUGCCGGGACCAACGCUAUCGUCAUGCCAUUUUUCCUCGGUCGAAAUCCCGAGUUCUACCCAGAUCCAGAGAAGUUCGACCCGGAGCGGUUCAACGUGGAAACGUCGGCCGAGAAGACGAACCCGUACCAGUACAUUCCGUUUAGCGCGGGACCGCGGAACUGUAUAGGUCAGAAAUUCGCCAUAGCCGAAAUCAAAAGUAUUACGAGUAAAAUUUUGCGUCACUAUGAAGUUCUGUCGCCGCUCGAAAAGUAUGACGAAAGCUUCACUUCUGAACUAAUUUUGCGCCCAGAAAACGGUAUUUAUGUUCGGUUGAAGUCCAGGGUAUAUUGA